UUCACGGGCAAAGGAAAUAAGAUUUUUGAAAAUCACAUGUUUUACACAUUGACGUGAUAUUUGUUUACUAUCAAACUUUCUUAAUUUAAUAGUGUUUAUUUUUCAUAAUUUAUUAUUUUGUAAAUGGGUUUUGGACGAGGUGGAAGUGGUUUUGGCCGCGGCGGCGGUAGCGGCGGUGGUCGUGGACGUGGAGGAGGAUUCGGUCGCGGAGGAGGACGUGGCGGAGGUAGAGGUGGAUUUGGUCGACAAGACCCAAAUGAACCUCCAGAAUCUGUAACAGAGUUCGGAUUUUACACUCAUCCAUGUCAAUCACAAUUGGUAGUUAAAGCAACUUCCGAAGAUGUGCCAUAUUUUAACGCUCCAGUUUAUCUUGAAAACAAAGAGAUGAUUGGUAAAGUAGAUGAAAUAUUUGGACCCAUCAAGGAUUAUUCCGUAUCAGUAUCUUUAUCGGACAAAUUCAAAGCAAAUUCAUUUCCCACUAACCAGAAAGUGUUCAUUGACCCAAACAAGCUUUUACCACUUUCAAGAUUCUUACCUAAACCUGUGGACAACAAGGUGAUAAAAAAGAAGAAGUCUGGUGGUGGACGAGGAGGAGGAGAUCGCGGUGGAGGCGGUUUCGGUAGAGGAGGCCGUGGUGGAGGCUUUGGUCGCGGUGGCGGCGGAGGAGGCUUCGGCGGUGGAGGAGGCUUUGGCCGCGGAGGCGGUGGUAAUCGUGGAGGCUUCGGUCGUGGCGGUUUCGGUCGCGGCGGAGGCGGAGGCAGAGGUGGUGGAGGUGGUCGUGGACGUUAUUAAUUGUUACUCCAUUUUUCAAUUAAAGUCUAUUAAUUCUUCUACCUUUAAUCAUUAAACUGUCUUCGUUGGUAA